UCCAAGGGGUGGAAGAUGCUGGAUAAGGCCACUCUGCUCCUGUUCCUGCAUUUAGUCACAUGCUCCAUCUCCUCUCCUCUCUACCCAGCUCUCAGGUACAGUCCAGGGCUGGCUGCUGGCAAGGCCAUGAGCUUCCAGCUGCAGCACAGCAGCUCACUGGAGAGCCAUAACCCCUUGGCAGAGGAGCAGGAGGAGGAGGGUUUGUUAACAGACCCCACUGAGAAAAGGAUGCAGCGCCAUGCUGAUGCCAUAUUCACUGACAACUACCGGAAAUUCCUGGGGCAGAUUUCUGCCCGAAAAUUCCUACAGACCAUCAUUGGCAAGAGGCUCGGAAGCAGCGAGAGCAGCCCAGGGGAAGGGGUGCAGGAAUUCCUGAGCAGGCGCCAGUCUGACAGCAUCCUGAUGGACAGCCAAUACCACCAGCAGAUGGUACUGAGGGACUUCCUGGGAGCCAUCCUGCAGAACCAAAGGCCUCAGGACAUCGACAGCAGUCAGCUGGAAGGCUUUCCCAGCACCCUGGCUAAGCUCAUGUAAAUACUUCUCCCUUUUCCAUCUCCCCAUGCUCUGAAUAAUUCAGAGCUCAUGGACCAAACUGUACAGUGAGCCCCUCAUGGCAGAGAAGACACGCCAGAUGUGAGCAGCUGGAAACUGAUGCAUACACUCCUCAGAUGUGAUCAAAGGAAUGCAGUGCUGAAGUACUACUUAAUUUACUCCAGUCUUUACAAUUUAACUCCCCUCUUGAAAUACUGCUCUGUACUAAAGCAGAAAAAAAACCACCUCUGUGGUUUAACCUCAGGCUGCUUUACACAGGGACUAAAACAAAUGAUAUACUUGUAAUCCUGGGGACAUUCUGGCUACUAAUUAAGGUUUCAAAUCACAGAGUGUAGCAAAAUUUCUGCCAAGUCAUCUUUUUGUUUGAGGGCCUGAUUAAUAAAUAUGAGGCCAUCAAAAGGCACCUUUAGGCAACUUAGUAAAUUGAUUACAGCAUCCUCAAAAUGGGUGCUGAUGGCACAGCCACACACAGCAAGGAUCAGGGUGAGGUGAGACGUGAGCCCACACAUCUCCCAUUCAUUGGAAACUGCUCUGGGCUGCUGCUGCUGCCUGGCUCCCUGACACAGAGCCCCAGCAGCAGAGUGAACUCUGAAAUGCUCAGCUACAGCUCCUGCUGAGCCUUGAGGAGCUCAAGCUGAAGUUACAGCUCUGCCAGAGCUGAAGGAGAUCCCUGUGCAUCAGCUUGGGCUGUCGCUGUUUCAACUCAAGGUCUUGUUGAGUGCCAUCCCCUGGAUCUGAACUCCACCGUGGCUACAACUGUAAAUGUUUUAAAAGGAGUAAGUUAUUAGCCCACUGAUCUCAUACAGCUGCUUCCUCCCUCUCACCCCAAUCCCCCCGUUGUUUGUGUAAUAAUUAUGUCUUCAGAAAUGUAAAUAACACCAGGAUGGGGUCUGCUUUCCCAGCAGCAGCAGGAAAUAAGAGUUGUUCUAAAUAAACCUGUCCAACA